CUCCCCAACUCUUCUCGCCUAAAAGUCCUUAUCUCCAUAUAUUUAUGGGGUUUAUAUAAAACCAAUUAUCAUUGUUACUUGAAAAUUACCGAUCCACAAAAUAACAAUGUAAGAGGAUUUCAUAAAAAACCAAAAUACAAACAAGAAGAAACAAAAAAAGAUUGCCCAAAAUGAGUCCACUUACCCGUGUUUGUGUUCUUUCCAUCAUCAUGUGCUUUUUGAUUAUUAUCCCAUUUAUCCAGGCAGGAAAAGAUCAAAAUCCAAUGCGCAUUGGAGAACUUGACGAUUUUUUGAAAGAGCGAGCAAACAAAGCUGUGAUCGAGGCCAUGAGAUCGUAUGAGCCAGAUCCUGAGGAAGUUACCAAAACGUUCGCCAUAGAAGUUACCCAGUCUUUGCAAGGUGAAAAACCUUCCAGAAAGCAUCUAAGAGAUCCAAGCAAAGAACCGUUGUUGCCAAACAAAGGGCCAAGCAAUGAACCGUUGCAACCAAACAAAGAACCAAGCAAAGAACCAUUGCAACCUAACAAAGAUCCAAGCAUCGGAAUAUAAACAAGAAUAACCUUCAUGGAGAAGUUUGUCAAUAUAUUAAUUCGACGUGGCAUUUGGCUUAUAUUACCAAUUUUCUUUGUUGCCGAAUAUAGAAUUAGAAAAUUUUCAAUUGUUAUCAUACAAACAUCCAUUCGACAACUUUUUGUAUAGUUAUAGAUAACUAAGUUAGAUUUAAUAGGGUUUUUUGUUCGUAAUUUUUAAGUUUAUUAUUGGUACACGAAAUGUUGCAACAAGUUUUUACCAUACAUACUUGAAAACAAUGAUUUAUGCGGUGCGGUUUAAUCUAAGGGGGGUGUUUGGGUU